AUGGGUCUUAGUACCGUGAUCAUAAGAGCGCGUCAGUCAUUGCACGAAGUAGAUCCAGGUCCUACUGCUAUGCAGAUACCGUUGAUUGCUGCUUAUAUAAAAUUUACUAAUAUCAAAUGUAUUGCAUUGGACAAAAGCUUCGUGGCAUUUCCUCAAUGCGAACUAAAAGCUCUAUCGCGUAAUCAAGCUGCGCUCUCGAUGAUUACUAAACUCUCUCAGUUGCCUGUAGAGAAUAUAAUUUUGAAUUUGGAUCUUUAUAAAAGAGCAAAUGGGUAUCGUCCUUUCAUGUAUAACCUAACAAUGGAUUUUUGCCAAUUUAUGAGAAAUAAAAAGCGUAUACCGUUCGUUAAGCUGUUAAUGGAUACUUUGGAAUUGUAUUCGAAUCUCAAUCACAGCUGUCCAUUUGAUCAUAAUAUUAUUAUAAAGGAUAUGGUACUUAAAGCGGAAAGUAUGAAAUAUCUGCCGGCACCGAACGGUGAUUACCUGUUCAUAAGUACAUUCG